GAGGCAACGGGCGCGAACUGAAACACAGGAAGUUCCAUCUGAACACACGGAAAAACUUCUUUACUGUGAGGGUGACACAGCGCUGGCACAGGUUGCCCAGAGAGGUUGUGGAGUCUCCUUCUCUGGAGAUAUUCAAAAUCCACCUGGAUGCAAUCCUGUGCAAGGUGCUCUAGGUGACCCUGCUUGAGCAGGGGGGUUGGACUAGAUGAUCUCCAGAGAUCCCUUCCAACCUCGACUGUUCUGUGAUUCUGUGAAGUGCCUGCUUCCAUAUAACAAUUCAUCCAGCUCGCAGGAGAUAGCUGAAGUUUCCUGUAGGCCUCUUCCUUUUAUUGCAUUGUAUGCCACUUCAGUCUAUUUGUAGUACCAGGAUUGUCCACGCAAUGUUUGAGGGUGGCAACAGCUUGCAUCUGGAUGCAAAAUAUCCAGAAAUACCUGUCCUUAAAUAGUUUUUGGGAUGUCAUGAUCAACUAAGAGACUUGACUCAAUAGAAAUGACAUCUCUUUCUUUCUCUGCCCCUCCUCUAAGACUUAAAAGUAAGAGGUCAUACUAACCUAGGAAAACUAGAGGGGGCAGGAAUCGUAGAGCAAGAAGAAUAAGCGUGAUAAGUGGAUCUUUAGGAGAUUAAUAGGGUAUUUCUUUUUCAGAAGUUUCUUAAGCAGAUCUAGUCAGGAUUUUUCAGAGGAAUGAGCCUACAGCUAUUCUCUCCUAAAACUGCAUUAUGACUUUAAUAUUGCUAAAAAUAUAAAUAAAAACAAAACUUUAUAUAGAUAUGAGGGACUAUCACUUGAAUGAUAUGCGUGUUUCUUCCUGCAAGGUUGUUAUAAAAAAGGAUAGAAAACUUCCUUUCUAGUUAUCUUGCAUGAUGUUAUAUAAUGGACUUACUGAAACUUGAUUCCUUUAAAUCAGCAGGGAGAAAGAAAGCCAAUGUAUUUGAGUUUAGAUAGCACAAACAAAAGAAGUAAAGAAAAGAAUCUGAAAGCAGUGAAGCUUUUUUUCUAUCUAUCUUUAUUAGCAGACACCAGAAAAAAAUUAGUGGAUUUUAUAACGAGCUUUAGCUUAUAAGCAGUGGUUUGCUUUUCUUAACUUUUACCGAAGCUCAAGAAACAGUUCAGUUGCCCUGGGGAAACAAUCAGCAGGUUUGGGCUGGGAACAUACAUUCUGUGCAAAGUUUAAGCUAACUCUCUCCUGCUCUUUAAUCCCUCAUGUUUCUUAGGCGAAAGAUGAUGUAUGUUGUGAUGAGUCUGAAGCAGUCAGUGGGUCACAGACCAAAGCAGUAUCCAUUUGCCUGCCCUCAGGGUCAGAGCUGACCUCACCCUUUCUUCUCUGCCUUGCCUCAAUCUUUUGUAAACUUUUGGGAACUUCAUAUCUUUGAGAAUGUUCAUUUGGAUUGGUCAACGGGCACAGUUGUUAUUGUGGGUGGGUAGGUGAAUAGACAGGAUGUGAGAUAAUGUGCAAUAACAAGAAAACCUUGUUUUCUUCAAAAAAACAGGCUAAAAGGUAUCAAAAAUAUUUUUACCCUUACCAGAAAAAAUAUCCCUUUCCAUUUCCUACACAGUGGUCGUAACAGGUAGCUUGUAUAGGCAAGUAAAUUGGUGUAUAUAUAGGUAACAAGCACAGAGGUAAUGGCUUCUAGUUUAGUUUCCUAUGAUUAUUUUAUUAGGUGAACACAGAAUAGACAUGUUUCAAGGGGGAAUAAAGAAAAGGCAGUAGAUAGUGUUUUUAUCUCAAGGGCACCUUGCCUGUGAUUAAAAGCUUUAAGUCCCCAGUUGAAGCUAGUUUUGUUUUAAAACGUGCAAGGAAGUUUGGGAAAGAGCUCCAACAGUCCUUCAAAUGAGUGAAGAGGACAUUAUCUUGCAGAAAAACAUAGUAUUUAAAUAGUUAUUUAUGCCUUGGAAUUGGUCUUAGCUGUAACUUGUGACUGUCUACAUUAGGCGUAUAAAACUAGUAAGAACUGUAAGACUGUAGCAUUGGAACUAUAACAACUUAUGCUUGCUGAAAUGCUUUAAGAGGAAAGAGACAGAUUUGGACUCCUGGUAGUCUUACAGACUAUGAGUAGCUGCAUAUUAAAAAAGAAAUUCUUUCUUCCUCAUGUAGAAGAAUGGAGCAGCUUUUCUAAUUUGAGGAAGAUUUUUUUUUUGUAGAGACAGUCAGUUAAAGAAAAUAGAUGGGAAGAAUUAUUUUCAUUAAAAAUGAAUAUUAAGUUUGGAAACACUUCCUAAAGAGAGCUGCUGAAAAAAUGUACUGCAAAGUGCUUAUCCAUUUACUUCCUAUAUUACUGAGUGAAAAGUUAAUGUCAAAUAAAACAAUCUAAAAUAAAUUCUUCUUGAAAAGCUGAAGUACUGGAUCUUCUGGCACAUCUUUUGAAGAAUAGAUUUCAUAAAAUUAGUUGCUGAAUAAGACCUGCAAAGAUGAGGGUCUUCAAAACUAUUUGUUUUCAAAUUUUCCACCCUAUUUUUUCAGAACUACAGAAGAGAUUAAAUUACAUUAAACUUAAAUCUUCGGAAGACAAAGUAUCUUUUCACUUCUGUGGAUGACACUUCCUUUAAAUAAAAAACAAUAUUUUGAGUUGCCAUUGUUAGAGCUAUAAACUGCAUAAAGCUUGGGCAAAGCCUGAUACUACAUAAAUAUAAACAUUGAUUUGUCUCUCCUUGAUCUGGUUAAAGAAUUUGGAAUUUGCUUCAUUACCUCUGCAGAAGGCAGUCACCUGAGUCAAGUGACCAUAUUUAAUGAGUGAAGUUAAAAUGUAUUUAUGCCUGAGCUUAUAAAACAAGUACAUGUCUUCUGCUUUAGCAAAUUAGUAAAUGAGUCUCUCCUUGAAGAAAUAUUACUUGAGAUGGAAUAAGGAAAGAAAAAUCCAUGGUCAAAGCUGUGAUGGUGCAGCAGCUGCUAGGAAGAAAUGAAGAUAGUGUAAACAUUACUCAUCUACCCACAAAAGCCUCUACCUAGGCAGCAUUUUUUUAUUUUCCAGAGCCCAUAUUUUCAGCAACUUUUUACAUGCUCCCUCCCUAGUGUUGCCAGCUCUAACUGUUUUGAGGUUUAUCUAGUAAAAUGCAAAGGGGUUUUUUUUGUCCUUGCCAAAUAAGAACAGGAAAAAACUGAAGUUCACCAUCUUUCUCAGAGUACAGUCUAGACAUAGAAACUCUAGAGUUGCAUAUGGUGUCAUACUUAAUAAACUUCACCUCUUCUUUUCAAGGAGAAAAUCAGAACUUGAAAUAAACUUGUUAAUUAGGUGAUGUGCACAGCCUCAUUUUUUCUCUUCCCUCCUGCAAAAAUAAUUUGCAACUUUGGGGGACAUAUUGGUUGAAUUGUGUCAAUCUUGUUAAUCUUUCCACUUAAAGUCAUUCCACAGUACUUACACCCUGUUUCUUCAAUAUGAAAUGGGCUGUAAGCUCUAGCAGAACUGAACCAUAGCAAGUAUAAACGUAAAAGUUGCUUACACUUGAUUAUAGACUCAGUGUGGUAGCAUCUGCUUGGCUUUGCUUGUGCAGGGAAUGGCAUCAUGGGGGAGGGCCUUACUGACUUCAGUGUUUAAAAAAAAAAGAGCAAAGGAGGAAAAAAGACAUGGGGACAAAAUGAGUCUUUGACACCUGUUAUAAGAUCUUUCUGGAUUCUCAGGAUCAAAGAAACAGUUACAAGUUUUAUUAAUAAAGUUUGGCACAAACUCCCACCAGGGCCCCGCCUGUCUUCCCAGUGUUAUGUUGCUGUAUCGUUUGAAGUAUUUUCUCCAGAAGAAGUAAGGCAAUGGGAGAAAUGUGUAGAUCUUGGCUUGGGGAGGUAGGGAUAUUGGGAGUAAGAGUGGAGCUGAGGGAGCAGAGGCUGUGGUCAGAAGAGGGAGCUGGCAUACAGGAGUACGAAGAGCCCUUGUACACGGAGAGAAGUGGCUAUGCUGACUUGGGGCAUGGAGAAGAUACAAAUGUGAAUGAAUGAGAUCCAGGCCAUGGGUAGGAAGAUGCAAGUGGAGUUAGGAUGCAUGAGUCUCUUUUGGGGGUGGGGUGGGGUUUUUGCUCACUUCCUUACCCUCAAACAUAGAAACAGUACUGUAUAUUCUAAAUUAAAUGACCCCUUUGCACCUUUGAAUAGCUGGUUUACCUGAUAGACAACGUACUGUCUUAAUGAUGGAUAUACAAGAGAGCAGUAUUACCCGUUGGCUACUCUACUUUCCUGCAUCUUUGCUGAUAGCCUUAAUGGCAAUAGAUUCUGUUCUGCUGCUUGUGGCACAACCUAAAAAAACUUUCUGAAAUGAGUCGUGCUAACCUCAAUCUCUCAAGGUAGAUGUGUGCUUCUCUUCAAUAGCCAGCACUGUAAAAGAUGCCUGGGGUCUAAUCCAUUUAUUCUAACCAGACUUAUGUUUUUUAUAAUCAGAAUUACAAAUUUCCUAAACUGUUGUAGCUAAUCUCUUCAUCAUUCAAUACCGCCAUACCUGACACAAUGAGAACAGCUAGAAUCUAUGUGAAGAAGUACUACUGGCCGUCAUCAUCCAUGCACAGGAGAUAGAAGUUAGAGAUGUCUGUGUGAAACUGGCUUUUCUGUCUUUCAGAGUUCUGAAUCUUCAGUAACCUGAGAUACCAACUAGGCUAGUCUUACUCCACGUAAAAAAAAAAAAAAAAAGAUUAGUAAAUUAAGCUGGAUGGAUGCUAUUUAAAGGAGAAGUAGUCUGGUUUUAAGAUGGAAUAUAGCAAGGUAAUUUAUAAGAGAGUGAAUUACAGUGCUGAAGUUGCACUGCUACUUUCUCCCACAAUAAGAGGUUGUUAAGUCUAUCAGUUUUUUUCAUAAUUUAUGGACUGAUGUGCUUGUGUUUAUCAGGUAGGGAAAUUUUUGGUGAUUGUGUUUCAGAUAGGCUAUAUGUGGUGCUUAGUGGAGUACUGUAGUAUGGUAGCUUGGCUUGGAGAUGAUUCUGUGCAAGUUCGUGAUGGCCUGAACACUGUUGUGUCAGAUGGAGCAGUUGAAUUAUGUUCCUGAAAAUUUUAUGUACUCUGAGUUCCCCAAGCGGGAUCUGUUCACAGGAUAUUGCCUGUUUGUUUUACUUCCUACAUUGCCAGCAUUGCCUCUGUAUCUAUAGGAAUAGAUACAGUGCUUAAAUAAGGGAUAGGGUUGUAAACAGCAUCAGCGCUCAAAUGUUUUUUCCCAGUUAAUCUUUACUGAAUGAGAGCGCUACAUUCAAUUAACCUUUUAGAGUCUAAAGGCUGGAGAACAACAUCGUGGUUCUGUUCUGGCACAGUAACAAAGGUUUCUGGUAGCUUUACACAUGCACACGUACACACCCCUUUCUGACAUGCAUGCUUCAAUGCAUUGGGAGCUCUUUAGAUGGCUGGCUUCCUGCUUCGUAGGGAAACUAUUUUUUCUAAUUUUUAAUUUCAGUGUCAGUACUGUUAGGCUCAGUCUACAUUCAGAAUUGCUUGAUGUUGAAAGUUGUAUUAAAAUCCACCCCCACUUCCUUACAGUAAAACAAAAAACAAUCAAAAAACCCACUAAAGAUAAGAAGGCUGCUAAUAGAAGCUGAUGAGCUCUCCAGGAGGAGCCAGGGAGAGGUGAAGCCACAAGAAGUCUGAGGGUCCAUAUGAAGAGUUGCAAUAGCAGGCUCUCUUCUCUGAAACCAUGCCAGAGAUGACAGAAAAUGAGACACCCACUAAGAAGCAACACCGAGUCAAAGAGCAGCAGGAUCUCUUCAGCCCUUAUGUUCUUCUGUAUAUGUAGAAUAUACGAUCAUUUAAAACUGACAGAUACAUGUCUUGAAUAUGAGUGGGAGAACUGCAGUUUACUGUAAAAAAGAAAAACCGGGAGACACACAAUGCAGUGGAAAGACAUCGAAAGAAGAAGAUAAAUGCUGGAAUAAACAGAAUUGGAGAACUCAUUCCGUGUUCUCCAGCCCUUAAGCAGAGCAAGAACAUGAUCCUGGACCAGGCCUUUAAGUAUAUAACAGAAAUGAAAAGACAGAAUGAUGAACUUCUGUUAAAUGGAGGGAAUAGUGAACAGGCUGAAGAGAUAAAAAAAUUGCGGAAACAGCUGGAUGAACUCCAGAAGGAAAAUGGGAGAUACAUUGAACUGCUGAAAGCAAAUGAUAUUUGCCUGUAUGAUGAUCCUACAAUCCACUGGAAAGGGAACCUGAAAAAUGCAAAGGUCUCAGUUGUUAUCCCCAGUGAUCAGGUUCAGAAGAACAUCAUUGUCUAUUCAAAUGGGAGUCAACCCAAUGGAAAUAACCAGGGAGCAUCUGUCCAGGGAAUAACAUUUAAUGUUGGUCAUAAUUUACAAAAGCAAACAGCCAAUGUUGUUCCAGUCCAAAGAACUUGCAGCCUAGUGACUCCUGUGACAAUUUCUGGUAUUUACCCUACAGAAAACAAGCCAUGGUCUCAAACUACAGUUUCUCCACUGUCAUCCACUCAGACAGUUCUAGCAGGGAACGUUCUCGAGCUUUCCAUGGCAGAGAAUGAGCGAGGAGUGCUCACUACUGCUUCUGCCAGCUCACAGAGCGCUUCUCACUCCGGAACAGAACAAGGACUACAGUGUUCUUCAAGUAAUACACCACAGAAUGAUCACAAUCUCCCCAAAAGUAGAAAUGAUCAGGAAGGCACUAAAUUAACGAAGAAAACGGUCCCGCAGGGCGUCAGCAUUCCUCCCAGUGCCUCCACUGAAGCCUUUCAAGUUGGACAGGUGAAUGAGACCUUUUCAAAAACACACAAUUCUAGGAAUGAAUUGCCAGAAAGUGGUGUAAUUUCAAACACCAAUGCAGGUUGUAUGCCACCUGUGAGACUAUCUACAGCAGAUGAUUUUCCUUCUGUAAAUGCCCUCAAAAAUACAGACUUAAUAAGCAGUGCUGUGACUUCUGCAGUAGAAGGAAUUAAGGAUGUAACGGCAAUAAGCACUCUGCCUGCCAGUCCCCUAGAGAACUGCUGGUCUUUUUCAGGCUCUUCAGGUGUUGGCACUUCAGACUUGAAAAACAUGAGUAGCCUUACACGGAUGCCUUCAGCUGGAAACACCCAGACCACAUGGACAACUUUGCAGCUAGCAGGAAAUACUGUUCAGCCACUAAGCCAAACACCAUCCAGUAUAAUGACUGCACUAUUAAAUGAGACAGUUAAUGGUGCUGGUACCGUAUCUUCUGCUCACAGCAGGCCUUUGACUACAAGCAUCAGUUUGAGUACUUCUCUGCCUGGAGAUGGGCAGGCAGCUGAACAAAUUGUUGUUACCUUGCCCUCGUGCCCAUCCUUACCUAUGCAGCCAUUAAUCAGUCAGCCACAGGUUAAAACUCAGGCUGCAGGAAAUAUCCUUCCAUUGAAUUCAGCUAUGCAGGUGAUUCAGAUGGCUCAGCCCGUUGGGUCAGCUGUUACAGGAGCAGCAGCUAACCAGAAUGUCAUAAUUCUCCAGCCUCCAAACACCACUCCAUGCCCUCCAAUUGUGAGAGCAGAAGUUCCUAGCCAAAACGUUAGUCAGCAGAUUGUAAUUAUACAAGCUGCUAAUCAGAAUCCUCUUCCCCUUCUCUCUGCACAGCCUUCUGCUUCUGUAAGAGUUCCCAUGAAUGGGCCUACUCCAAUCACAAAUUCUAGCAGUUCUGUACAAAAUGCCCCUCUUCCACAGACUUUUGGAGGGAAACACCUUGUCCAUAUAUUACCAAGGCCAUCAUCUCUGCCAUCUUCUAGCUCUACACAAACAUUUUCAGUUACAAUGUCAAAUCAACAGCAUCCUCAGACUAUCUCAUUAAAUGGGCAGCUGUUUGCAUUGCAACCUGUGAUGUCUUCAUCUGGAGCUUCAAAUCAAGCCCCUAUGCAAAUUAUUCAACCCACCACCAGCGAAGAUCCAAAUACCAAUGUUGCCCUCAAUACAUUUGGUGCUUUAGCUAACCUCAAUCAAAGCAUAUCACAAAUGGCUGGACAAAGCUGUUUACAUUUAUCUCUCAGCCACCCUUCCAAUCCAACAACUGUCAAUAACCAGAUAGCCACAGUUAACUGUGUGUCAUUACCAACCUCUGUGGCAUCUUCAGUAUCUUCAGAAGGUUCUGUAUUAGCUAGUGCAUCUAAUCCAAUAAAUGCUUCCCCCAAAAAAGCUGCUGCUGGUUUGCCAUGUACUGCAAAAUCCAAAAGGAUAAACAAAAAGCCAAGUACAAAAAAACACUUAGCAGCCAGCAGUAAAGUGUCUUGUCCAGUAGUUCCUUGCAAAGAUGCAGGAAAGGUUGAUUGUGCUACUGUGGAAACUGUGGUCAAGCAUUCAAAUGGUGAGGGGUUGCUCGAAAACACGCCAGCAGUAUCCCAAGCUUUACCUACAUCACAGGCAAGCAGUGUGGUAGCAUCAAGUGGUGUAAGCAUUUCUGACUAUCAUUCCAAAGAGACUGUGAGCUCUGAACAGACAGUGAGAUCUUGCUCUGUACCGGGGCUGAGUUCAGCAGAGAUACCCAGUUCUUCACCGCUUGAGUCGGCGACGUCGGAACAGUUAGCGCUGAUCUCGCCAACUGCCAAAGAUGCUGCUCCUCUCCAGCAAGCACGGAGAUCUCCGAACAAUCCACCACCCAACUCUGUGUUGCCGGAGUCUUCCAAACCCUGUGAAACCCCCAGCACCUUAACGUCCUCUCUUGCUGAAGCACAUGUGACAAAUUCUCAGGUUGCUGGGACGUCAGCAGCACAAAGCAGCACAGCAGAUCAUACUUCCGAGGCAGGGACAAUUUCAGAGUCCUGCAACGCUGAGCAAGAUUCUUCAAUUGUAAUGCAAGACACAGACUUGUUAGAGGGACAAGGUCUAACCAAAAUGCUGUCUGAUCUCACAAAAGAAAGAACAGCUGUGGAAAAAAACCCUUCUUUUUCAGUUCAGGAGGAGCAUUCUAAUUUUCCCACAGAAAACUCUAAAUCAGCAGAUUCGAAUGUUGAUCUGCCUCAGAAGCAGGAACUCUUGUUAAUGAACACGGAAAGUGAUACUCUUUCCCAACAUCAUUCCUGCAUUUCUGAUCAGGAGGUAGUUAGUGCUUCCCUUAUUGCUAACAGGCAGGCAGACUCUCCAAUGUCGACUAGCUCUGGCAGCAGUCGAGGGUUCUCAGUUGCAUCUAUGUUGCCAGAUACCACUAGAGAAGAUGUUACUAGCAGCACAUCAACAAAUACCUGUAAUAGCUGCACUUUUUCAGAACAAACUGACAUUGUAGCUCUUGCAGCAAGAGCUAUUUUUGACCAGGAAAACCUUGAGAAAGGCGGAGGAGGAAUACAAGUUAACAUGAGGGAUGCUGUCUCUAAAGCAGCUGACGUUGCACCCUUGGAGAAAGAGCAACAGCCUUAUAAGCCACAAGCAGUGAAAGAAAACAAUACAGGACAACUAGAAACAGCACCAAACAAAUUCAGUGCUCAGGAUACAGUACAAGCAAAUGUUGAUAGGCAAGUUGAAAAAUCAAGCUGUUCUGUAGGCGGUGUGGAAACACCAAACACUUCUUUGCAGAUUUCAGCAUCCCAGUCACCAAGCAUAACCAGUUUAAGUGUAAAUAAUCUAAUACACCAGAGUCGUGUUGUCCAUCCCCCUGUGAGUUGCUCAAGUUUAUCCCAGCCUUCAGAGCCAGCAAAUAUCCCUGCAACUGUGUGUCUCUCUAUUCCAUCUAGUUCAUACGUAAAUCAGUCUCCAGGACCAGCUAUGAUGAAUGAGUAUGCUCAGGAACAACUGAAUGCUAUUAGGGCAAACACCAUGCAGACUCCUCAGCUGCAGGAAUCACACUUAAAGCAGCAAAAUCAUGAAGGUCGCAAAGACUCUGCCAAACGGGCUGUUCAAGAUGAUCUUCUGCUCUCUACAGCAAAGAGGCAAAAGCAGUGCCAGACAACGCCUGUAAGGCUUGAAGGAAUGGCACUGAUGAACCGAACACCAGAGGGUAUUGCUGAUCAAACACAGAUGCUAGUUAGCCAGAUUCCUCCUAAUUCAUCCAAUUCAGUGGCAUCAGUGAGCAAUCAAGGGCACACUGAUGGCCUUAAUAGGUUAUUCCCAUCAAACAGCAACUUUGUAACAUCAGCUUUGAGACAAACUGAAGUUCAGUGCAGUUCUCAACCUUCAAUUUCAGAGCAGCAAGGCCAGACAGGGCAGCACUUGCAGCCUAUUCAGCAUGUUCCUGCUCAAGGUAUAUCUCAUCUUCAUAGUAAUCAUCCAUACUUAAAGCAACAGCAGGCUGGACAAUUAAGAGAGAGGCACCACUUGUAUCAGCUGCAGCAUCAUGUCACUCAUGGGGAAAACUCAGUCCACUCUCAACCCCACAGUGUACACCAACAACGAACAAUACAGCAGGAGGUGCAAAUGCAAAAGAAACGAAAUCUUGUCCAGGGAAACCAAGCCACACAACUUUCUCUACAGCAAAAACACCACGGAAGUGAUCAAACACGGCAAAAAAGUGGCCAGCCUCAUCCUCACCACCAGCAAAUGCAGCAGCAGAUGCAGCAGCACUUUGGAGCUUCCCAGCCUGAAAAGAACUGUGAAAAUCCUGCAACAAGCAGAAACCAUCAUAACCACCCUCAGAGCCACAUAAAUCAGGAUAUUAUGCAUCAACAGCAACAAGAUGUCAGCAACAGACAGCAGGGUUCAGCUUCUGAACAUGUGUCGGGGCGUAAUCAGAUGCAGAGACUCAUGACCUCAAGGGGUUUAGAGCAACAAAUGGUGUCCCAGGCAAGUAUCGUAACCAGACCAUCAGAUAUGACAUGCACCCCACACAGGCAGGAAAGAAAUCGAGUUUCUAGCUACUCUGCUGAGGCACUCAUUGGAAAGACACCGUCUAAUUCAGAACAGAGAAUAGGAAUAUCUCUUCAAGGCCCUAGAGUUUCUGACCAGCUUGAAAUGAGAAGCUACCUUGACGUUUCUAGAAAUAAAGGGUUGGUCAUUCAUAACAUGCAGGGCCGUAUCUCUGUCGAUCACACAGUUGGCUCAGACGUGCAACGGCUCACUGAUUGUCAGACAUUUAAGUCAGCUGGACCCAGUCAACAACCAACAGGCAAUUUUGAUGUACAGGCCUCAAGAAACAGUGAAAUUGGUAAUUCUGUGUCAUCCCUCAGGGGCAUGCAAUCACAAGCGUUUCGAAUCAGUCAAAAUCCUGGGCCUCCCAUAGAAAGACAGAAGAGAUUGCCCUAUCCACCAGUUCAGGGUAUUCCAACAGGAAAUUCUCUUCCACCAAGGGAAAAUGAAAAUACAUGCCACCAAAGUUUUAUGCAGAGUUUACUUGCCCCUCACCUUGGAGAUCAAGUUAGUGGAAGCCAAAGAUCAAUCCCAGAACAUCAAAGGAAUACUCAGUGUGGUGCCUCCUCCACAAUUGAAUAUAACUGUCCCUCAGCACGAGAAAGCGUCCACAUCCGAAGAGAUGGUGAUGGUCAGAACAGGGAAAGCUGUGAUAUGUCUAUUGGUACAAUUAAUACAAGGAACAGUUCUUUAAAUAUUCCUUUUUCAAGUUCUUCUUCCUCAGGAGAUAUUCAGGGUCGAAAUACAAGCCCAAACAUUUCUGUACAGAAGUCCAAUCCCAUGAGAAUGACAGACAGUCAUGGAACAAAGAGCCACAUGAAUACCCCUGUUUCUAGCAACAUGCAUGGAGUGGUGAGGCCAGCUCACCCCCACCCUGCAGUUUCUCAUGGAAAUGCUGAGCAAGGGCAACCUUCUGUUCGUCAACCAAAUUCUUCAGUUACUCAGAGGUCGAGGCAUCCUCUGCAAGAUAACGGAAGUUCUAAAAUCCGUCAGCCUGAAAGGAAUCGAUCUGGAAAUCAAAGACAUGGAAAUGUUUUUGACCCUAGUCUUCCCCAUCUUCCCCUGUCUACCAGCAGCAGUAUGAUACUUGGGCGCCAACAGUCUGCAAUAGAAAAAAGAGGAAGCAUUGUCCGUUUUAUGUCUGAUGGGCCACAAGUGUCUAAUGACAAUGCUGCCCCUGACCAACACACUCUCUCUCAGAAUUUUGGAUUCCCUUUUAUUCCAGAGGGUGGCAUGAAUCCCCCGAUAAAUGCCAAUGCGUCUUUCAUUCCACCAGUUACUCAGCCUAGUGCCACUCGAACACCAGCUCUAAUCCCAGUAGAUCCUCAAAAUACAUUGCCGUCCUUCUAUCCACCUUACUCCCCUGCCCAUCCUACUCUUUCCAAUGACAUUUCUAUCCCUUACUUUCCCAACCAAAUGUUUCCUAAUCCAAGCACGGAGAAGCCAAGUAGUGGAAGUUUAAACAAUCGCUUUGGAUCCAUCUUGUCUCCUCCCAGGCCUGUUGGUUUUGCUCAGCCAAGUUUUCCUUUGCUUCCAGAUAUGCCACCAAUGCACAUGACCAAUACGUCACACUUAUCCAAUUUUAACUUGACAUCUCUGUUUCCAGAGAUAGCCACAGCUCUUCCUCCAGAUGGUUCAGCAAUGUCGCCUUUGCUUUCAAUUGCAAACACAUCUGCUUCUGAUUCUUCCAAGCAGUCCUCAAACCGACCUGCCCACAAUAUAAGCCAUAUUCUAGGUCAUGAUUGCAGUUCAACUGUAUGAAAACUAAUAGACUGACUUAUAGUCUGAUGAAUUGUUUAUAUAUUUAAGAAAAAGAAAGUGGAUCUUACUGGCAUCCCUGAAGAGACCAUUCGUAACAUCACUGUUUAUUUGCCUAAAUGUAUGUAUAUGGGUACUUUUGUAUUUAUAUACAUACUGUAUUUCCAUCCACCUUACUAACUUUAAAGCACCAGUGCCUAUAGCAAUGCUUACUUACUAGUAAACAGUAAGAAUGCAACAUUUAGAGCUGUGCAAAUACUGAUUGUUGAUUUUACAACAUUCAAGUUUGAUGUCUGAUUGUUCCAGGGUAAUUGCCACCCUCAGUAAUACUUGGAUAUAAAGACAGAAUUGAAAGCAUCCAUAUGGGAGACAGGAAACAAAUGCUAAAGAUUUCGUUUUAAUCCUAGUGAAUUUAGCUGAAGCUAUGAAGACCUUGAAGAGGCUUGGGUUUAUCUUUUCCUUUAUAAAAUAUCUUCAGGAGCCUCAACACAAGUCAAAUCUGUGUUAAUUGAUAAAGACAUUUGUCGUACAGCUUUUUGUCUAUUUGAAGCUUGUCACAUACACGUGACUUAAGGCUGACUUUACCUGAAAAAAAACUACUGUGUCUUUCCAUGGUCAGCAAUUAAAAAUACUCUUUUAGAAGAUUCAGAUUCCUUUAAAACAUGACUUUCUGUUUCUAAGAAUUUUGUUUGGAUCUGUUUUACCAAUGGCAUCAGUUACUGAUGAAGUUUGUCAACGUUUUCAUGGAACUUAGCACUCCUGGUGCAGUCAGCAGAGACCCAGCGGUUGUAUUGGUUGCCGUUUCAUUGUUUGUAUGCUGCAAGUUACCUCAGGGUAUUUUUUUGUACCUUGUUUAGCACCUUCGUAAGUGGUCGUCGCCCCCCUCCCCCCCCCCCCUUUGACUCAUGCUCAAACACCAACUUUCUAGUUUAUUUGAAGGAAAGCCCUCUCUCUGUUGUACCAGACAGCACAGGAGAGGAAUACUGGGCUUAUGGCACCCCACAGAAAUUAAUGGGGUUUCUUGUGGGCACAGUUGCUGCUUAACAUUGCUGACAGCAUCAGGGCCUAAUUUAAUAUCAGUACCUUGCACUUGAAUAGCACCUUUUAGCUAAGUCCAUAUGAUUGUGGGUGGAGGAGGAACAUGAAUGUGUUCAGACUGAAAUAUUUGCAUACCAGGAAGACACUGCAAUUUGAGCAUGACGAGGGCGGGGAAACGUGUUUGUAUGUGUGCGAGAGACAGAGUGAAUGUGUGUGGGCUAGUUUAACUCUCCAGUACUUUCACAUAUUUUGGUCCCAUUUCUUUUAAAGGAAAGGGAAGAACUAGGUAUGUUUUAUUUAUUAAUGACUUCUGCAAAGUGAUUUUUUUUUCUUGAAACAAGGCAGAAAUAUGUCUUUUGUUUUUAUGGUUGGAAAUACCAUUCCAGAUUUUCUUCUUCAAGUAACAUAGUAACUUGAGGGUUGCUUGUAUGCAGUCCUCCUGGGCCCAGCUGAUAGAGCUGAGACGAAGUAGUGGCAGGAAUUGCUCUGUGGCCUCUUCUCUGGUUAGGGCAAACUUGGAAGCCUGAUGUAUCUCUCCCUAGUGCAUCCUGUUGCUGCUCUGGGAACUAAUGUAAUGCGUCCCUCCCCAGUGCCUCUUCUAGGGUGUGCAGUACAGGAAGGGCAGAUCAUACCUACUUUAUGAAGCAAUUCACUGUUUUUUAGGUUUUGUUUUGGUUUUGGGGUUUUUUUUGAAAGGCAGAAAGGAAGAUAUUCAUCCGUCUCCAGGAGUGGGACCCACAAAAAGGUAGCUGGAUGUUUUUUCAUUAGCUCGACUGCCCAGGUCUCUCUCUUUUUUUUGCUAAGUCUUGUUAUUACUGUUCCAGGAAAGUAAAGAGACUUUAGCAUAAGUAAGAACUGGGGUAUGACUGUAGUCCAUCCUGAGGAUGUCUCCAUUCUUAAUAUUACCUGGGGUGUGAUGGUUUCCUGUAAAGCUGAGUAAAAUAGUUCUGUCUCAAAGUGGGAAUUGUUUUCUGAGUCAGAUGGAGAGUAUCUUUAGGACACUAAAUCUAAGUGGUGCUUCAAUUUUCCAUAUUUAUUAAAAAUAAUGGAUGGACUAUUUAUUUCACUUUAAAACAAGCAUGCUUUUCUGUGUUUGAUCGUAAAAUGGGCUGUCAGAGUAUACUUAGUGCCAACAUUGCAGCAGUUGGCCUAUACAAAAUAGUAGGGUUAGAAAUGCCUGCUAAUCCUCAACUCUGAGCAGACUGCAGGUUUGAUUUUCAUCUAGUCAGAUUCUUUGAUCCCGUUGAUUUCUCUAAUGCUGUAGAUCCCAAAUGGGCUGCUUCAGCUGGUAGAAUGAUUUCCAUGACAUUGGAUAGCUUCAUUGGUUCUGGAUGGUAAAGGCAGGAGGAGGGAAUCAGCAGCAGCUGUACUAUUCAGUGUGUAUGAAUAGCACCUUCACCUCUUGGAGGAAUACAAAACAGUCAUCCUUUUUUUUUUUUUUUAAUGGUGUUAUUCUAUCUGGAAAAGGCUUUCAAGAAAAAAUAUUGAAAAAUUAAGCCCUGGUUUAUAAGGUAUUAUAUAAAAAUGUAAAUUCUGCUCAUCAUUCCAGGCAUUCAUGUAGUAGUACCACAUUAGUUUCCAGUGCUGGGAAAACUCCACACGGUAUCUUUGAAAACUGGAGUGAGUUUGUGAGUUUAUAUAGAUAUAUUUAUUCUUUUGUAUUGAUUUCAAUAUCGAUUUCACUGGUGUUAUAUCAAGGUUAAACAUGAUCCUGAGUAUUCACAAUAGAAUACGUUGGCUAUGAUAUUUUGGUUAUUAUUUUGUGUCUUAUUUUCUGAACUGAUGUAUGGUAACAGGCAGUAACUUUGUUAGUAGCUUUCAUGUGCCCCUUUUCUGCUUACAAAAAUGAUCAAAAAUAGUCACUCAUUUCACAGAAUACCUGUAGUGCAGGUAAUUACAAUACGUGCAUUUUAGAGAUACAAAGACGAUGUAAUUUUACAGGAACUGCACCUUCUUGCAGUGUAUCGCUCAAAAGUAAUUACCGUGUAAGCUGUAGUCUUCUCUAGAGGAUUGUAUCUUCCAUUGCUGUUCCAAGGCAUGUUAAUUCCCAUGUAAUUUCCAUUCCACUUUAUGCUCCUUCUCAAGACUUUUUAUAAAAACUAACAAAUCCAGGAAGAAGAAAUACAUUUCUUUACCCCCCCCCCCUUGAUCAUGGCAAUUUCUGUUGAAGUUCAACCACAUACCAAUGUAAGUCUUAUUACAUGCCGUAAAUGAUGCUAAAUCAUCCUGAUGUCAUGUGUGUGGGAUCAGGAAGACUACUAUGAAAAGAAAAGUAGGAAGACAUGUUAAAACCUUCAGAAAGCUUAAGAAACAGUGGAGCUGCUUAUUCUGUAAGGAAGCUGGUAGGUGGCUUUUUGUUGUAUACCAGUCUUUUCUUGAGUAAAAAGUACACAGCUAUUUCGAUCAGCCUGGCUUAUGGGUAUAGUGAUAACUUGAUCUGAAAAAACAGCUUCCCUUUCAAAGGGAAGCCAUUGCUCACCUGGAGGACCGGCUGGAUGGCUUUGGAAAACAACUCUAGGCUUUUCUUAUUUAUAAGGUUACUUCAGAACAGACGCUUUUUAAUACCUAAAGUUUCCCACGUCAUCUGCUUUAAAGCAAAAAUACAGAAUGAAACUGUCUGCUUGGUCCUGUGCUGUUACUGGUUUUAUAAAAUUAUCUGUGAGGGCUUCAUCCAGAUGCAUUUGUCCAAAUGCUAUUAUUUACUCCAGAAUAGCUGUAACAUUGCACUGCAGACUGCUGUUUAGCCCAGUUAAAGAAAAAUUGGCUCAAGUGUGUAUUCUUCUGGUAAAUUGACUGUUUGAGCUGGUCUUUAAAUGCUGAAUCUGGCCAGGUACCCUGGUUUGAGUGAUUUGUGAGUUUGUCACAGGUUCCAGUAUCUCACACUUUUGUGCAUGUAUGCGUUUAAGAGGAACAAUUGAUGGCCUGGCUGUUUCACGUCAAAAGAAGGGAAAUUAGAUGUUAGGUAUUUUUUGCUAAUUUUUAAUGGCAAAAUUGUUCUGGUUUUCUUAACUGUAAACUUGUUACAUCUGCCUUGACAAGGCCAUGACUCAGUGUCUUGCAUUAAUUUUGUAGAAGAGAUUGUGCCAUUGGCAGGUCGGUGUUUCAGCCACUCUGGCUGCUGGCCAUUUCUGAGAAGUCAGCUCUCAGUGUGAGGAGUGCUUGCCACAGCUUUGGGAUCAAAUAGAAACAGUUAGUCUCUUUUUUUUCUUCUUCUUUCUAGCAUUGAAAAUGUUGUGUUUAGGUAUCAGGUUGAUGAGAAGACCUUAAGGAAGGCUUACCUUACCUCAGUGUGUACUUUGGGGAGAAAAACCUCUUGGGAAAAGGAGUUUCUGUAAGUUUUGCAGAUCAAAUAAUUCUGCUUAGUUUUUUUUAUAAUAAGACUGCUACAAGCAAAUACAUUUUCUUCAUCAUACCUCUGUGGCACUAACAACUUGGUAUCCUUUUCUCUUAAGAAUUACCUGGCAAGUUCAUUUGUUUUUAAAGGUAUAUUUGAGGAAAGAUUUUGUGGAAUGGAAUUUUCUCCUCUUUUGUGGUUCCAUAAUACUUUUUUGAAGGUUACUUACACUAACUGAGUGUUUUGUUUUGGAAGAAAGGAAAGGAAAAAAUACCCAGUACUGUUUACAGGCAAAAUCAGUAAUAGAAAUGAAAUGUCUACCUUAGAGUAGGACUGCCGAAGUUGACAAGAAUUGUGCAUCUGAGGCUUCCAGCUUGUCAGAAGUGACUUCAGCAAACAGUAACAAAUGGGUGUAGGGCUAAAUUGCAGGUAUUUUAGUGUAAUCCUUGAUUAAUCCCUUAAGAAAUCUAGGAAAAUAAGAGCAAAAUUAGCAUAAGCUGAAAGCAGGCAAUAAAAUAGUAAAGUAUCAACAUGUAUGAGAGUUUUCUUUGGGAGAGAGAAAAGAGCUCCAUUAAUAGCAGCUACGGAAACUUAGAAAUGAAGUGAUUUGAGCCUGUGUCUGAGCCAUAUUGCAGUGUGUUUUCUAGCUCCUGUUCCCUGCUCCAGUCCCUAGACUGAUGUCCAGGGGGGAGAGCACAUCUCUGAAAAAAAUAUGCUGUGCUAGCCUAGAGCCUUCUGAAUUUUGCACAGAUUCCGUACUGCACUUUAAGGCUGCGCUGCUGCUGCUGUGAUUCACAACUGUAAUUCUGUUGCAGGAAACAAAUCAUUUGGCAGGGCAACUGCAAAGGGCAUUUCUAGCGAGGAGUCAUUUUAUUAGUUCCAAGCCCCUGUUGUCUUUUCACCUUAUGCAGAGGUACUUUUGCAGUCCUGGCUAAAAGACUUUGGCACAGACUUGUCCUGUAACCUGUUUCUGGAUGAUUAAGCAUAGUCUGAUGUGUUAAGAGCUGUGAUCACUUCCUCCAUUCUCAAGAUAAUUUUCAAGCUUACCACCUUAAUAAUGAGCUCACUUUGACAUGGAAAGACAGAGUAGAAUUGAACCUAUUUAUAUCAAAUUGUUCAAAUCUGUGUUAUUUAAUACAGUGAUAGAUGGAGCUCUACUCUGUAUCUUCACCUAAAGUUUUCUACUAAUACUCACCUUCUGCUGAUGAUCCAGUGCUGCUAAGCGGUUACAAGGCCAGGAGUGCCAGCGCAGACCCACAGCCAGGCAAGCAACAGCAUUUCCACCCUCAUGGAAGCUGCCUCAUGCUCCUUAGAGUAACGCUAAGGCUUCAGAGCACCAACCCCCUAUUCCCACUGGUUACAUCAAGAGCAAAUUAGUCUAUGAACUGGUGAAAGAGCAUACCUUACAAAACCAUCUUCUCUCUAAUGGUACAUGCUUAGUUAACACCUGUCCCACCAAAGCCAUUUAUUAUUUGCUGAUUCCAGUUUUUAAAUGAUAAAUACAGAAUAGCUUGCUCUGGUUUCGAAGUGCUGGCCUUUACUAUAGUGGCUAAUUUUUGUAUUUAAAAAAAAAUUAACAGAGGCAUUUUUACAUGUGGGUUCCAAGUUUGCAAUGUGAGGGGACUUAGCUAUGCUGUUUUAGCAAUCACAAAUGUGAAACAACCAAGAUAGUGUGUUGUACCCAUGUUCCUGCCUGCUCACUGUGAGAAAGAAAGCAAAUAUGGAUUUUGCCACAGGAGAUUAAUCAAAGAUGCUGUUGCCCUCGAUGAUGUAAAUUAUUUAUAUUUGGUCCAGAAUUUUCUGCUGUACUCCUGUUUUAUACAGCUGUAAAUUAUUUGGAUACAGCCCCAGGGGAAAGUCCGUACUAUUUUGUAAUGGAAAAAGGAAAGCUGCAGUAGAAAUAUAUAAUGAAUGAUCAGGAACAUCAUCUUGCAAUUGUAAAUAAGAUCUUGUUCUGUUCAUUUUGACUUCUUUUUACAAAUGUGUUGCAUUCAGGUGUAAAUAUCCCAAACCAUAAUCUUGUUCAGAGUCUGAGAUUUCUAUUGUUAAAUGUAACACUUUGUUUAAUGGUUGUAAUAAUUAUUUGUAUAGAUAUGAACAUUAUAGUAUUUUAUUAAAAAAAAGAAAAAUGCUC